ACAUGUGAUUCUUUACAAACACCAAUUGAUACAACAAUAACAAUUAAUGAUAAUGAAAAUAAUUUCACUCUGGUGAAAAAAAGAAAAAAGAAGAUUAAAAUAGAUCUGACCAAUUCUAAAACUCCAGGUUCUGAUACAUCAUCACCAUCGUCGACAUCAACAUCAUCUUCUUCCAAUUCAUCAUCUUCAAUUAGUAUCAACGAAUCAACUUCUUCAACAAAUACUGAUAGUCUCGCUUCAGCUAAACAAACAACUAGAAAAACAUCAACAACAACAAAUCUCAAACAAGUUCAUUCAAGUCAAAAAUCUUCGGAACAUGUUCAACAAUUUCAACAAAUACAAUCAGGUAAAGCAACAACAAAAUACACCACCCAAGUUCACGACCUUAAUCUACAAAUAAAUGAAGUAUCUGAACAAGCACGUAGAUUCGCACAGACAAGGUAUACCUUUCCUCCUUAUAUAUUAAAAUUUCAACAGGUGGUGAAUGAGAAAUUAAUAAUUAAAAAUUUAAUUGAACAUUUUUCGUCCACUCACAAUUUUGAUCUACAAUUUGCUGGUCAUCGUAUGAAGGAUCAUCGUGAAUUAUUAUUAUUUGUCCUGAAUCGGGAAACAUUCCUGAUGCUUUAUGAAAACAGGAACUGGCCAAUUACAAUCAACUCAAUCGAUUAUCUUAAAAUUAGUCCAAGUCAUUUACCACCGCAAUUUUCGAUUAUGUUAAGAAAUGUUCCACUUGAUAUAGAUAUUAAUGAGUUUGCAUCAUUAAUGAAGAUCGAUUAUCCCGAUAUUAUGAAUGUCCAUCGAAUAUCAAAUAAAUUGAAACAACCAACAUCAUUUUUACUUAAAAAUGAACGUUUUCCAGUUAAAGAAUAUAUUGCUCCAGCAAAAGUCUUGAUAUGCUCGAAAUGCUUUCAAAUAGGACAUUUUCGUGGUACAUGUAAAGGUAUUCUUGAAUAUUGUAGGUUAUGUGGUAAUAGUGUUCCAGAUCUCAAACUACAUAAAGAAUCAUGUGAUAAUCAAUUAUGUUGCAUUAGAUGCAAAGGGCAACACGAUGCUAAUGGUAUUAGAUGUCCGGAAGUUAAAGCUUAUCGUGCAGCAUUAACAAAAUCAUUGUUAACCUCCACCACAUCAAACACGAACAACAAUUACAACAACCACCAAGUACACUCAUCUAGUCAUACAAAUUUUCGUUAUAAUGAUCAAGACUUCCCAUUGCUGAACCACAAUUAUAUGAACAGUCAUUCGAAAAAUAAUGAUCAAGUUGAUUUCACCAAAAGAAUUGAUGAAUUAGCUAUACAAUCGAACAAGAUCAAGAAGAACUUAAAUCGAUUAAUUGAAUUAAACAACAAUUUCGUUGUUCAACAAAAGAAUAUGCAACAUCUAAUUACUAAUCACGAUCGUAUAAUACAGAUACAACAACUAGAUUUAGGCUUUCAGAAAGAUCUAGUAAAUCAUUUCAUAUUACCAGUAUGGCAAGUACUUAUCGAGUUUUUACCUCUAUUAGUUCAACAACAGUUAAUUAAUGAUACAACAUCAUCUUGUCAAUCGCUAACAGCAUUAUGUACAAAACUUGGAAAUGACCUCACAUUAUGGUCUCAGCGUUCAACAGAAAAUGAAAAUGCAAAAAAUAAAUUAUCAAUGGAACUUAAUCUGAAGAACAACCAACAAGUUCACCAGAAUUACCUAUCAUGUAGUAACGCCCCACCACCACCUACUAACUAA